UGCCGUGUGUGAGUAAAUUGCUCAGGUUUUGCACCGUUUGAUGUCUCUUCUCAUGGUCCUGCUUAAGGCUAUUAACUCUUAAUUUCUUUUUCUUUUGUUUUCUUCAGCUUUUGGGUUUUCCCCUGGUUGGGGUUGGGUUUUAUUUUUGUUUGUUUCUUCGUCCUCGGCUUUCGACCUUAUGUCAUUAGUGUUUGUCGUCUUGUCUAUUUGCUGAGGCCUGUCUUUCCUUUUGUGUUUCUAAUGGAAACGGGACAGAUUUUGGAGUAAUAGGUGAAGCCACUUUGGUAGAGUGAAGCAUAUACCUCAAGAAAUAAUAAUAAUAAGAAGAAGAAGAGUAAAUUUCUUAUAUAUUUUAAAAUCAAGUUACACUCCCCAAGAGCAAUGCAUUUGAGAACUUUUUCAACUCACAAUUUAAAUUACUGAGGAUAAAGCAAUGGAUUCAGUAUUUCAAAUACAUUUCAGCAUUUUUUGAAACAGUCGAUUUCCUAUUAAGUUUUUCAUCAAUAUGGUACGUUACCUGUUGAGAAUGAGCUACAUUGGAACAAAAUACAGGGGCUCUCAAAAAACACCUGGGUAUCCCAAAGAAACAAUUCAAGGAAUUCUUGAGAGUGCUCUGAAGACUAUAGAUUCAAAGACUGAACCCCUGUCUGCUUUUGCCAGCCGAACUGAUAAGGGAGUUCAUGCUUUAAUGAAUACAUGUCAUGUAGAUUUAGAGCACAAAAUAAGUGGAGAAGUUUUUCAGCCUUCAUACAUUAAAAGCAAAGUGAAUAGUUAUUUUAAACAGAAUAAUGAAGAAAUUAUACUUACCAACGUUGCUGUAGUUCCUGACAACUUCCAUGCCAGAAAAAGUGCUAAAUGCAGAAGUUACAUUUAUCGGUUAGCUAUUUUGAAACCUGAGUUAAAUUUAAAUUAUUCAAACAAGCCGUCAUUUGUAGAAUAUUUACCUAUCACUGAAAUUAAUAGGUGCCAUAUUGUUCCGGGUUGUUUGAACACGGACUUAGUGAAAGAGGUUGGAAAGCUCUACCAUGGAUUGCAUGAUUUCACAACAUUUACCAAGUAUAUAGUUAGAGAGCCCUGGAAAAAUCCUCAAAGGUUUAUACAAGAAUUUGAAUUUUAUGAAUCGUCUCAUCUCACCAGCUUUCCCGAUCAACAAGCAUUAAAUUUCACCAUGUGGGAAUUCUUCAUACAGUCCAAAGCCUUUCUAUACCACCAAAUAAGAAAAUUAGUUGGAACCGCUUUGUCAGUUGGUUUUGGAAUACUUUCACUUGAUGAUGUAAAACUGAUGCUAGAAAAACCAGGUGCUGACAUGUGGAUUAAAAGUUUGUUGCCUCCAGCUUGUGGUUUAUAUCUUUCAAAUGUAGCUUAUGAUAAACAAGAAAAACCAGGUGCUGACAUGUGGAUUAAAAGUUUGUUGCCUCCAGCUUGUGGUUUAUAUCUUUCAAAUGUAGCUUAUGAUAAACAAGAUUAUAUUUUCCAUGGCUCAUCUGAAGGUGGUACAAUUCAAUGUUCUUGA